AUGUCUCAACCUGUUAAGGAUGCUGUGCCGGAAUCAAAGCCCAUGAGUAGCUUUGUAAAUGUGUUCAAGUCCUUGACUGGUAUCAGAGCAACGAAAACUACCAAUUUACAACUACAGUCAUCAGGCAGUCAACAAACUCAAAAGUCUAGUAGCCCUUUUCAUAAGAUCCACAAAGAGCUUUAUAAUUUUGAAUCUCUAAUCGAGCAACUCGGAAAUGAAAACUCUUUAUCUGCUAGAACCACAGCUGCAACUUAUCUAUGUACUGCUGUACAACAGUAUCCUGGAAAUCGAGUCUCUCGAAUUUUUAAUAGAGCUAAGGAUCUAAUUAAUCCUUCAAACCCCAAUUAUACGCGUGCCGCUGGCUACAAACUCUUGACUGCAUGCGUUGAAAAUAUAGCAUUGACUGGUCCUGAGCGUUUGGCCUAUUUUAGAACGUUUACAGCCCCAGCAGAGCCAGAAGAUUUUCAUUUACAAGUUAGUGCCGUGAUAGAAUUAGCGAAACAUGGACGAGAUCUGGCCGGUUUUCACUAUGAGAUUUUCCCUCUACUCACUUUGUGGCUACGCCGAACUUGGAAUUUUACCUGGACUCGCAGGAAACAAAGAAGAGAGGUAUCAUCGCUCAAUGGGGAACCAGAUUUCAUGUUACUACUUGUUUUUAUAGUAGACGUCAUCAAGUUCAACUUUAAUAUAUCAAGCGAAGAUUCAAUCAGCGACUUAAUUGAUGUCGUUCUAAACAUAUGCGUUUGUACAUCAUCAUCGGAUGAAUUGCGCUUAUGUAUCCAUGUUAUUAAUGCUAUUGUGACCUACGGAGACAUACCUGCUAGCAAGCUUGCCGAUUGCGUGAAAGUUCUGUGUUCUACGCAUUGCCUUGUCAUUGAAAUGCAACAGGAUGCGUGGAAAUCAAUCAGCAAUAUCUGCAUCUCCCACAACGGAGAGAAAACUGUAGCGAUAGCAUUCGAAAUACUUCGUGAUCCCUACCAAGGAAGCAAACUUAAGUACCGGGAGGUCCGUGGUGCAUUGUCAGUUCUAGAAAAACUUUUUCUCAAGAAUGGUGAGAAUGGAUACCCUUUAGUACCGUUUACAGUUCUGGUAAACUCCCUUUCUAAAGUCACGAUUCUGGAUCAGAUCACCGUGAAAAAUGAUGUUCUACGUCUUAUUCUAUCUAUACUUGGAAAUGAUGGUCAAGAGUUAUUGGAGAAUGUAGGUGCAGAGGAUUGGACUCUGAUGUUUGAGGUAAUCAUCAAAUGUACAAACGUGGUAUUGGAGAAUGAUACCGAUGAAUUCUCAGGAAAAUCUGGCCAAACGGAUAAACUAAACGAAGGUGAAAGUAAAGCAGAGAUUACACCCGUCCACAUCGCGGAAAAUCUUCGGAAACUAGUAUCUCGGAUCCAAAAUCUUCUUACACAUAAUUCCGACCAUGAAUUUUUUCAAAGAAUAGCUUGUGUUAAAUUUUUAGUUACAAUGCAUCGAUAUUUACCUGAAGCAUGUGCUAAGCUAGUUAUUGAUACGUACACGGAGUAUCGAUAUUGUCAUCCAUCAGACCCAGAUUGGAAAGAAAACACGUUUACUAUCUUUAAAUCUUUUUAUAGUCGAAAUAAACCUUCUAAGAUUCGACUACACACCUUAAAGGCUGUCACUAGUGUUUAUGAAGUUGUAGAGGAUGUGAAUGGAUUUAACGAUAGGGAAAUAACCCAAGCCUUUGUGGAGUUAAUAUUGCAAGAUAUUGCAUACGAAAAAGAUAUUUCAAUUCUACAAGAAGUUCUCGUAUUUUCAGUAACGGUUGCUGAUGCAACUUGCCACAUUGAGAUAUUUGAUCUAAUAAUCAGCAAGUUUCGCGAGGGAAUCGUCAGCGAGCAGAUUAGCUCAAAAUCAGAACCCACACCGUUAAAGUAUGAAAUUCCUAAAUCUACUAAUCUACAACCAAAUAGUCUUCACACACCAUCGGGUCUUAUCGCUAACUCACUGGUUGAUAUUUUCAUGCUUAGCAUGGACAAAUCGAAAAUAAAGUCUAAUAGAAUAUUUAAUGAAUUAUUAUGGGUAGUAGAGGGCGAUAGUAACGAGAUAGAUGCCAGAAUAUCAGCGUUAAAAAUGCUUUUCAGGCUGAGAGCUGACUGGGCUAAAAGAAUAUUCUUAAUAUCACACACAGAGUCUGAAGGCCUUGCCGCCGUACUAAACCGAACUUCAGGCUCUUUGAGUAGAAAGAAAAUUUUAGUAUCCACCCAACAAAAACGCUUGUCACAAGCAGAUGACUUAAUUUUGGGCCAAACUAUUACAAGUUACCAACCAGUACAAGAUUUUAAGCAGACGACACAAACAUCCUUAAAAUCUGGACACCAACCACAAAUUACCCAGUAUGUUUGGAUAGAACCGGAAGUAAGACCUUUACCUCAACACGCAUUCGGAAAAUCUAGCUCAGUACUCGCAUCGGCUCUAGACAAUGAACUAGAGGAUAUGAAUAAGGGACCAAUAAUGGCUCUAGAUAUUGCCUUAUAUCUCAAGACCAUUAUUAAUGUUUUAAAGAGUAGCUGCGAUUGGGAAAUAUACAGCUAUAUAAUUGUUCACCUACCCUCUCAGCUGACAAAUCAAGCCCUAUUCAAGGCGGCAAUCCCACAGAUAAGAAGUCUGAGAGAGCUACUCUGUGAACAUAUCAAAAAUAAUAGCAUUCAGGAGCCACCUACCCUUUUAGGGCUUCGCAAGUCUGAUGUCAUGAUAUGUUUCUAUCAGAUGUUGAAUGUUGUUAUGAGCUAUCACCGACAUUUUUCCAAAAACGAUGGAGACGAAAUUGUUAGAACUUUCUUACAAGGGGUUGGAGAGAGAACAUCUAAAUGCUGCAUGCACGCAUUAUCAAUCUGCUGCCACGAACUUCCCAGAUCAACAAGGAAAGUAAUAGUAACAGUUCUAACAAAAAUGUCACAAAUAAUCACUCAGAGUCACGUGGCAAUACAUAUUCUAGAAUUCUUAGCAUGUCUAGCUAGAUUACCCAAAUUGUACGUCAAUUUCCGAGAAGAAGAAUUUCGAAUUGUAUUUGCCAUUUGUUUCCGAUACCUCCAAUGCGUUCGCGACCAGAAAGAUAAAGAUGCAGCAGCUCGCAAUAACACUUAUUCCAAGACUGCGGCCGUCACAGAUAAUUCUCGCACUUUGCCCGAUACUUCUUUUAUGGAGAGUAACUUUUAUCUUAACACAUCCGAAGAUCUACCUCAGUACGUCUACGCUCUGGCGCAUCAUGUAAUAAUAUUUUGGUUUCUUUCCCUGAAACUUGCAGAUCGUGCUGGUCAAGUUAGCUGGAUUACGAAAAAUCUUGUGUCUGUUGACACACAUGGGAAGGAAAAUAUUGAUGAACAAGCUCAGGUUACCAUAGACUUUAUGCAAAGGGUUGCUUUCGCUGAUGUCGAGGAAUCCGGGCCAGAUCCGUCAUUCAAAGAAGAUAUGUUUGGCGAAAUUAAGAAGAAGAGAUGGAUUAUCGGAAAUAGCCUUGUGACAAUCGAGCAAGCAACCCGUGGUGAUUGGGCCCAGAUAACUAAGCGUCAACCUUCAGGAACAUCCAGCUAUAUCAUCCAAGAAAACUUUAGUCGCCCUCCUUCUCAUCAAUCUCAAACCCUAAAUGAUGAUUCGAAAAAUACAUUGAGUGCCGAUGAAAAUUUCAAACUACCAAGUCAUCUAAUACUUCAAUUGUUUGCUUCUGUUCCCAGCUCUGGAGAAUAUCUGCGACCAAUUCCACUCCCAGACUGUAAAGCUAUGGAUCGAGCAAUCAGCAACUUUAAUCGUACAUUUACAGUUGACGGUCACAAGGUUGGAGUUAUCUAUGUUGGAGAGAAUCAAAAAAAUGAGGUUGAUAUUCUCUCUAAUAUUCACGGAAGUAGUGAUUAUAUAAGAUUCUUAUCUGGUUUGGGCACACUAACGAAGCUUCGAGGUGCCAAUUUCAACACUCAAGGCCUUGAUAGACAAACAGACGCUGAUGGAGAGUACACAUUCUGUUGGCGUGACCGAGUCACCGAGAUUAUUUUUCAUGUUACCACACAAAUGCCGACAAAUUUAAAUACUGAUCCUCAAUGCUCAAACAAAAAGAGACACAUCGGUAAUGAUUUUGUUAACAUAAUUUUCAAUAAUUCUGGAUUGCCUUUUGAUUUCAAUACCUUCCCAUCAGAGUUUAAUUACGUUAACAUCGUUAUAACCCCGGAAUCUAGAGCUACUUUUGUCGCUCGGAGACUUCCUACGAGUGUGGAAGAUGCAUUUUUUAAAGUGCAAGUCAAAAGUAAGCCUGGUUUUCCGGAAAUUUCUCCAGCUGCAGAAACUAAGAUUAUGAGUUUGUCAACUUUGCCAGAUUUUAUUAGACUGCUGGCAUUAAAUGCAUCGGUAUUUUGUCUAGUCUGGGCUAAUCGAGCAGGAGGUGAACAUUUUUCAUCUUGGCGAAAUAGACUACGAGAGAUUAAGAAAAUUCGUGAACAGUAUGGGCAAAAACAAUCGGAGCUUUCCCCCCCGGGAACUUCACAUUGUCUUGUGGCAGAUUCUAAAAAUACUCGAGAUAACCAGACAAAUUUACGUCGGUCAUCUGUCGUUAACUUUUUGACUCAGGCAUCCGAGACGGUGUCUCAACGUUCUCAGGGACCUUCCAUAAUUGACUCUGAGAAUGAGCUCAGUGUGAGUCAAGAGAGCCUCGUUGAAACUCUCGAUUUUUCGAAAUGGACGUGA